ACUUGAGCUAAUAUCUCAUUUUAAUCCCUGCAAGACACUAUUAUAGGUGUCUGAGUUGUAAAACAGUGGAAAAUACAGCCAUAUACGAGCUUUGCCCGUGGACUUUAAGCUGAGCCUUGGAAAUUGAAGGAGGACUUUGACUCAGAAGUCAUUUUAUAAAGCAGAGGUGAGGAGAAAGGAGAUUAUUUCAUCCAGCAGAGCGGAAACAAGAACAAGGCUGUGGCCAUGUGGAGGACAGUUGGAACACUACUGCUAAUACUACAUACUGUGUUUGGCCAAAGCACAAUCAAAUGGUGCACCAUCUCACAGAACGAGCAGAGGAAAUGUCAGGCCAUGUCUCAGGCUUUCAGCACAGCCUCCAUCCGUCCUUCCCUCAGCUGCGUCAAUGCAGCGUCAGUGGAGGACUGCGGUCAGAAACUACAGAGAAAGGAAGCUGAUGCCCUGUCCAUGUCUGCCAAAGACAUCUACAACUUGGGGAAAACAGCUUCGUUUAAGAUGGCUGGCAGUGAAUCACGGGAUGGCUCUGUCACCACCUACUAUGCAGUUGCUGUAGUGAAGAAAGAAAACUCUGGCAUCAAUAUCCACAACCUGGAAGGAAAGAAGAGCUGCCACACCGGGAUUGGUCGCACUGCUGGGUGGAACAUGCCCAUAGGGUACUUGAUAGACCAAGGCUACAUGUCCGUGAUGGGCUGCAACAUCCCACAGGGUGUUGCAAAUUUCUUCAGUGCCAGUUGUAUCCCUGGAGCUCCCCAAGGUGAGCUCCAGUCUCUAUGUCAGCUGUGCAUAGGAGAUGAAAGUGGGCAGCACAAAUGUGAGAUGAGCAGCAACGAGAGGUACUACAGCUACGAAGGAGCUUUCAGGUGUUUGGCUGAAGGUGCUGGAGAUGUGGCCUUCAUCAAAGGCACAACUGUAGAGGAGAACACUGACGGUCAUGGUCCAACCUGGGCACAAGAUCUGAAGUCCUCAGACUAUGAACUGCUGUGUCCUGAUGGCACUAGAGCUCCUGUUACUCAGUGGAGCCGGUGCAACUUGGUCCCUGUCCCAUCUCGUGGUGUUGUGGUCAGAAAUGACAUCAGUCCCUCUGUGGUGUUUAACAUGCUGAUGGAAGGCCUGCAAAAGUCAAACUUCCCCAUGUUUUCAUCGGCGGGUUAUGGAGACGGAACUGUGCUUUUCUCUAAUCUCACCACCACCUUUAAGGCAGCUAACUCGGAUGAACCCAAGAAGUGGAUGGGUAAUAGGUACCAUAAUGCUCUGAAGGCCAUGGACUGUGAUCCCAAAGAUAUCCCAAAUCCCUUGCGGUGGUGUGUGAUAUCCAGCGGUGAGCAGCAGAAAUGUGCUGACAUGAGCGUGGCCUUCCAGAGUAAAGGGCUAACUCCAAACAUUAACUGUGUCUACGGGGACUCUGUGACUGACUGUAUGAAGAAAAUCAAGAACAAAGAUGCCGAUGCCAUCACUCUGGAUGGAGGUUAUAUCUACACUGCAGGCAAAGACUAUGGCUUGGUCCCAGCUACCGGCGAGAGCUACACAGACGACUAUGAUGGUUCCUCAUACUAUGCAGUUGCAGUGGUGAAAAAGAGCAGUUUUGACAUUCGUAACCUAGACGACCUGCGUGGCCGUCGCUCCUGUCACACCGGAUAUGGCCGCACAGCUGGCUGGAACGUUCCCGUAGCAGUUCUGAUGGAGAGAGGUCUGAUCAGCCCACAACAAUGUCAGAUACCCCAAGCUGUUGGAGACUUCUUUGAAAAGUGCUGUGUACCAGGUGCGAAUCAAGCCGGUUUCCCCAGCAGCCUGUGUGAACUCUGUGUGGGAGACGAAUCAGGACAGAACAAAUGCGAGAAAGGAAAAGACCGUUAUGAUGGUUACGACGGCGCCUUCAGGUGUGUGGCAGAAGGAGACGGAGACGUGGCGUUCGUCAAGCAUUCUACUGUCCUCGAAAACACUAAGGGUCUGCUGUCUUCAGAUUUCCAGCUGCUCUGUCAGUCAGGUAAAGCCGAGGUAACGCAAUAUAAAUACUGCAACCUGGGCAGAGUCCCUUCCCACACUGUAAUGGUACGCCCAGACAUGAACAGCCAUGCUAUCUAUGGACUUUUGGACCAAGCACAGACAUAUUUUGGCAGUGACACAGGUACUGCUUUCAAGAUGUUUGACUCGCAGGUGUACAAAGGUACAGAUCUUAUUUUCAAAGACUCCACUGUGCGCCUCGUGGGUGUUGCUGACAGAAAGACCUACCAGGAGUGGCUGGGCCAGGUCUACUUGGACUCGCUGGUUGACUUGGAGUGCAACUCAUCGAAUGCAGUGGCGUCCUCUGUGUGGCUGCUGCCGACUGCCUUGUUCAGCUUCAUGCUGACCAACUACUGGAUGUAACAACAGCAUGACAGGCCUACACAGCUGCUCUUUUCCCCACUCCUUUCCCCUUUUUCGAUUACCUGUAUGCUCUCCUUUCUGAGACACAACUGUCACUUCUUUUCCUUUUUUUUCCCAUUCACCUCUUUUCACCACAUUAAUGUCCAGGCUUUAAUUCUUCUGAUUGCUGUUCACUCAACCCACGCCACCAUAAAUGCAUUCACUGCUCUGGGAGCCCUUUGCCUUUCUGUAUUUGCCUGAUUGUAUGUUAAUUAAACACACGAGAGGACGGCAUGUUGGAGCUGCCUUCGGAUGUGAGAUGUAGUAGUGCUCAUGCACAACGCUUCCUGUUUUUGUGGCAGAGGUAUGAGUAAGCUACCAGUCGACUGUCAGCCAAAUAGGGGAACGUGCUGCCGCCGCUUUGUUUACUGAAGGUGAGCUGCCAUAUCAGUGCAUGUGCUGCCAUCUGUUACUGUAAGUGGGUAAUGCAGCACCGUCUCUCCAAAUCUGGCUUUGCAAAGAAAUCGCAGUCUGACUUUUAAACUCACGUGUGAGCUGUUAAAGAUUUAAAACUGUCCUGACCUAGCCAGUUAUAACUGGAUUCACACCGGCUCUUUAGUUUCCCAAGGUUUCCCGUGAGUCCACAAGUCAGAUUGCUGCUUUGCUGCCACUUGCACUGUAAAUACUGCAUAUGAGCACAGCCUUUUUCUUGCUCCAGGCUGUUUCUACUGUAAGCUAAUACCAUAUCAGUGAAAAUGCACUAGUGUGACCUCCGCACAGAGCUGUGCUGCGAGUGUGUAAUGACAAGCAACUCCAUGUGCGUCCGUAGGCUGUCUGCUUCAUGUAUUCUCCUCAAAUGUUUAAAUUUUAAGUCCUUAAAUGAUGCGAUCAAGCCUGCACCAGUGCAGUGAAAUCUGUUUUCUCUUAUUAUUGAUUGUAAUCUGAUGCAUUUGAUCGGGAACAGCAGUGUCAGCAGACAAUACAUGUUCCACCAUCCAGCCAUUUUCUGCACAUUUUGCAGUUUAUCCGUUUUUUCACAGAUGGAGUGAAUAAAACCAGCACAACCUGUCAGGUUCCAACAACGUUGGGGAGAACAUGAAGGAAACACCCUGUGGUUUGUGUCGGAGGGUGAAUGCAAAUUUGUUUUUCUGGAUGGUUGACGUGACAGAGGAGUGUUGGUGCAAGACUUGUUUGGGUCAUUUGAACUUUAAAACCUUGAAAAAAGUGUUUAAUUUCAAUUUUUGUAGGUUUAGUCUGAUUAGGAAGGGGUUUGAUUUUCCUUUAAUCAUUCCAGAGUGGGAUCGCAUGUCUUCCAACCCAAACAGCUCACUUACUCUCUCUUUAACAAUGACUGUUUUUGCUCAGAUCCACUGUACCUGUUGGAUGCUGCUGCUGCUGCUUGAUGCUAUUUCCUGUUGUUAACAUGUUGAUUGGAUGUGUAUUUUUCCUAUGUUAAGAGAUUUAUUUUUAUAUGAAGUUCAGGUGCCAUAUCAGUGUAUAUGUACUGACUCAUGUUGUCAGAAACCAAUGCCUUCUCUUUCUGUGGAUAAGACAUGUAUUUCUAUGUGAAAUGAUGGAACAUGUGACUAAUAUUUAGUUGCCAGGCCAGUGUGUCUGCACAAGUAUUUCUACAUAAAGCUCUUUCUAAUGAAAUAAAGCUCUUUACUGCAAAA